GAGCCGGUCAACGGGGCGCGGCGCCAGCGGGGACUACAGCUCCCGGCAUGCCCCGCGGGGACUACAGCUCCCGGUAUGCCCUGCGGCGGGAGGGCGGGAAGGCCGGUGUGGGCUGUCAGCUCCGUGUCGCGCCGCUGAGAUAAAUGGACUAUAAGAAAAUCGCAGAUGAAGUUUCAGAAAAACUUUUAUCAUACAGUCAAGAUACUUCAGGAUGGAGGGUGAUAAAAGUCUCAAAAAAUGUUACGGUUUCUUCCAAGCCUUCAAAAGAGUAUGCGGGAAAUAUAUACCGCGGAGAAGGGAUAAUUAAGGAAGUCCCCAGUAAAAUCAUUCCUUUUAUGUAUCUUCCUGAAUAUCGAAGCAAAUGGGACAAAGCAUUAAAAUCUUACAAGCUGUUAGAAAGCAUUGACCAGGACACUGGUCUAUACCACAGCGUAACCCACAGUUACGGUAUGGGGCUGAUUUCAUCCCGGGAUUUUGUUGACCUGCUGCAUGUUAAACCAUACCCUGGUGAUGUCCUUACAACUAACUCUGUCAGCGUGGAAUAUUCCGGCUGCCCCCCAACUCCCUCCUGUGUCCGGGGCUACAACAAUCCCUGUGGAUACGUCUGCUCACCUUUGCCUGAGAAUCCCGAGCACUCCAAGCUAGUUGUAUUUAUUCAGCCAGAACUGGGAGGAAUGCUGCCCUGUUCGUUAGUGGAAUCAGUGUUACCGACCACGCUCAUAAACCUCAUCACCGAUACCAGAGCUGGACUGAAAGCCUUGAAAGAUCAGAACUAAAUGUAAGUGGGAAAUAACAAGCACAAGUCACCUGCAUCUUUGACUUGGAUUCAUUUUUAAAGUAGAUGACGUUUUAUUUUGUGUGAUAUGUGGAAAUGUCUAAAGCUUAACUGUUAAAAUGGUUCUUGGGAAUGAUGUGAAAAUUUACGCUGAAGUGCCACCAAAGUACAGGCCAGUGCUUUCAAUGUAAUCAGGUGAUGGUUUGUAAUAUUUUUGCACUUUAUAUGCAGAGGAUAUAUAUAUUCCCGUGAGAAUCUGGUGAUAUAGCAAUGUUAAAAUACAGUAGUCAAUAUUUUGCCAUAGCUUUAAACAUACUUUGAUAGAUUCUUACCUCAAUUAUGCACUCGACUGAAAGAAGCAAACAUCUCAUGUACUAGAGGCUUUAAACACGUUUAUUAACUACAAGUGUGCAACUCUAAUUAGCGACUGUUUCACUGUUUUGGAAUUAUUUGAAGAAAAGCCUGAUUAAUUUGUAGAUAGCAUCUCAUUAAAAGCUGCUCUUUGUACACAGAGUUGUUCUUUUCUGAAUGCUGAGCACCAAACCUGAAAGAUUUCUAUGAGGUGACUGAUUUCCAGGCCCAAGCUGGUGAUGUGAUUCAUUUAGAAGUCAUGCUUUGGUAUUUCUGGUACCUUUAGUUACGAGUUAACUGCAGGAAAUAGUGACAUUGAUGUGAACAGCAGAUCCCAUUGCUGUUCCAGAACCAUUGGUGCAAAUUAAGGAAUAGUGUGAAAAUCGCUUUCGUCUUCUCUGCUCAAUCCCCCCCCAAGUUGUGAGAAACAAUUAACUGCAAAUGGUGUAUAACUCAAUAAAAAUUAAAGUAAAAACUCCUUCCCCCUAGUCAGCGUGUUAAGAUAUUAAUAGAGAAUACUAAAAUAUGUUUGCAUAUUAUCAUGUUUUUAGGACAACUAAAGAUCAACAGAUAAAUAUCAAUUUAUAAGAAAGAAAAUUAAGACUAAUUACAACUUCAACAGGGUCACCAGCAGGUUUUAUGUCAAAAGUUGUCAAGAUUUAUUUUUAAUAUUCACACCUUUCCAAUUCACAGUAAACUUUCAGAACUAAA